AGCGUGUAAUCCAGCCCCAGUCCUGCUCCUCCGCUCCGGGAGAGGACACACCAGAGGAAACGAGACAAGGGGUCCGGACGGAGAGGAGUUUUGAGUCCGCAUGAGUCGGUAACAGAGAAGUCCAGCAAUGGAAAGCCUCCGUAGAUAGGACCUUAAACACACUCAGAAGCGGAGGCGGAGCUCAUCUAUAGAGUAUAGUUCGGAUGUCAGCCGUGUACGAGACAGACGGAAGAAGAAAAAGGGGAGAAACAUGAGUCGGCACCAGUCUCAGGGAGUGGUUUUAACGGGUUACCACAGCAACGCCGAGCUGCUACCGCAAACGGAACUAUGUGGUGGUUCCACUUCCAGCUGUCCGCCUGUACCGAACCGGGAGCCCGACUUGCUCAGGGGGAAACUUAAACAGUCAUUAAGUCGCAAAACAGGCCACUACAGUCUUGAACAUAACCAAAGCACACAACAACAAGAAGAUAAAUAUGGACCUUCGUUGGCCACCAGUGGUACAGGAGCGAGCAACACUGAAUCAGGUUCACGUUCUGCCGCUCAUCCCGGGUCUCAGCCUUCCUCCAGCCCUAAGCUGGGCUCCAGUCCGAGGCACAGUCCCAACUCCAAACCCAGAAAACAGCCCACAUGCCAGCGCAGCUUCUCUCAGGACUCCCUGGAUGAGCUGGAGAUGGACGACUACUGGACGGAGAUUGAGAACAUCAAGAGUUCAGGGGAAGGACAUGAGAGGGGGGGAGGAGAAGGAGAAACUCAAGAGGAGGAGCAGCAGAAAGCUCCUGAAGAAGGAGAGCAUGAGGAGGCGUGGCUUACAGAGGCGGGGCUAGUACGACUGGUUGACGAUUCCUUGGCAGCCGAGGAUCAUGAAGAAGACAGCGCUGUGUUCCUGUCCACCCUCACCAGAACGCAGGCCGCCGCUGUGCAGCUUCGCGUGUCGUCUUAUCAGCAGACACUGCUCCGGCGACGCAACCGCCAACACUUCCCUGAUGUUCGGGAUAUAUUCAGACCUCCUGAAAAGAAUGAAGAGCCUCCAAAACUGAAAGAGGAAAGUGACAAAGAUGCAACUACUGUUGAAACGGAGACGGAACUGAAUGUAGAAGUGGCGUUUUCGGAGCAGGCGCUGUCUUACCGGGACAAUAAUCAGAGGUUGAAGGUCAACAGCAGCCUUAACUCCUCUGAUGACAAACUUCCAAACUUUAAGCUCCUUCGGGAUAAAACGGGUCAGACCAGAGUGGGAGAUCUUUCUCCUUUGGAUAUGAAAAAGGUGCACAGACUUGUUCUGGUAGAGAUGACUGCGCUGUUUGACACAGCUGGGAUAGAUGUCAAGGCCAAUAAACCUGGCAGAGUGAAAAGCAAAGAAAGUGGCCUUUUUGGUGUUCCUCUGAUAACUCUUUUGGAUCAAGACCACCGACGGGUUUCUGGGACCAAAGUGCCACUUAUUCUGCAGAAGCUCAUCAGUCAUGUAGAGGAGGAGGGAUUAGACACUGAAGGUUUGCUACGUAUCCCUGGAUCAGCCACUAGAGUCAAGUCACUGUGCCAGGAGCUCGAGUCGUCUUUCUACGACGGGACGUUUCAGUGGAAGCAGGUGAAGCAGCACGAUGCUGCGAGCCUGUUGAAGCUGUUCAUCAGGGAGCUGCCCCAUCCACUGCUCACUGUGGAGUACCUCAAUGCUUUUAUUGCAGUCAACAAGCUUCCCACAAAGAAGCAACAGCUUCAGGCUUUGAACCUGCUGGUGCUUUUGUUGCCUGAGGCCAAUCGGGAUACUUUGAAGGCACUGGUGGAAUUUUUCCAGCGUGUCAUCAAUCAUCAGGUCAAAAACAAGAUGACUCUAAACAAUGUCUCUGUUGUCAUGGCACCCAACAUCUUCAUGUUCAAAGGCUUUCGAUCCAAGGUGACAGAGCAGCAGGAGUUCUCCAUGGCAACCAGCACAGCCAACAUCGUCCGGCUGCUCAUAAGAUACCAAAAUCUCCUUUGGACGAUCCCAAAGUUCAUUUUGACUCAGGUCAGGCAACAAAAUAUGGAAAACCAGCGAAAACUAUACAAGGACAGAGCUGUACGGAAGCUGCUGAAGAAGAUAACCACCGACAGACCAAUUGAUAAAGCUAUCCCAGAGGAGAAUACUCAGGGAAUUAUUCGAGUUCAAGCACCACAGUUCAGUAAAAUAUCCAUGGCGAUUCAGCUUACAGAAGAUUUGCAAGCUGCUGAUGUACUAACUCGCUUCCUAAGCCAAGACAGCUCAGUGUCAGUGAAAAAGGAAGAUUUGUGUCUCUAUGAGAUUGGUGGAAACAUCAAGGAGAGAUGCUUAGCUGGAGAAACAUACAUGAAAGAUCUUUCCCAGCUGAAUCCUGCAGCAGAGUGGGUCAUCAAAGAAGUACAGCGAUGAAUUCUGGCCUGCAAUGUUGUCCUGCGGGGUCCUGGCCUACUUUAAAUUUCCUGCUGAGACAAAGCUGCAGCUGGUUCUCUGGAGUUUCUUGGGAAUCCGGAUGCAAUGGGGGAAUUCUUCAUCUGUAGCGAAGCACUAUUUGGUUUUGGAACCCAUAAGAGAACGCAGGCGGUUCAGUUGCAGUUUAUUGUGUGGGGAAAAACUUUACAGAAAAACCAUUUUUUAUGUAGUUCUUUGCAAUGUAAUGAUUCCCAGGGAGAUUUUAUAAAGAAUCGUCUACAUUUUUACCGAAGCUGCCCUUCCGAAGCUACAAUGUAUUUUACUGCAACUUGAAGUGAUAAACCAGCAAAAAGUUGUGCAUGAUUGUAAAGUAGAAAGAAAAUCAAACAUUUCAUCUUGAUUAAAAAUAUCUAAAACAUAGAAAAAAACUAUUGUACAGCUAUAUUUAUUUCAGUUUACACUUGUGCCAUACUUUUUCUGUUUCGGGAAGGGAGUUGAAACCACUGGGAAAUAUUGAAAAUUCUGGAUAAUAUUUUAUAACCGUUCUUCCCCACAUCGUUGUACCUGACCUGUCUGUCGUGUCCCUUUGUCUGCAUAAUGCUGUUUGCUCCUUAAUGUUUUCUGACAAACCACUGAAGGUUUCGCAGAACAGAUGGUUACUCUGGAUUUAUUUAACGGUAUCAGAGUAAAGGGAACUAAAUAUAACUGCACGUUAUCAUUUGCAAAACAUGGAUCUGUUUUCUUUCACUUCACAAUUACAUUUCACUUUGUGUUGGUCUAUCACAUGAGAUUAUUGUAAAGUACAUUCAGGUUUGUGGUUGUAAUGUUAUUAAAGCAUAAAUAACUUUAAGGGGUGUGUAUACGUUAGCAAGGGCACUAAACAGAAACCACUUUUGAAAGACUUUUUCCACUGGUGGAGAAAUUCUUCCUAUUUUCAUACUGUGAUUUAUUGGUUGGCUUUAACGUUUUUGCUUUAAUUAGAUGUAAGACAUGGUGCCGUGCAAUAAUAUGAUCAUUAGCAGAUUCCACAUCCGUCAGAUGAAUUAUUUUAAGCUUAUGGUUAUAGAGAAUUUUGUACUUAUUUUUCUUUACCCAUUUUGUUAAAGUUCAUGACCACUUUAUUGAAUCUUGUAUGACAGCAGUUGUCCAGGAAGGUUUCUAAAGGGAAUUACGCAUUUUAGGUGAAAAAGCUCCAGUUUUUUGUUGUUUUUCUUUUCUUUUAGGUAUUCUUAAAAUGAUCAAAAGGAUUCAGUAUCAUGUCUUAGAUUUUCAAAGGCAUGCAGUGAAGACAUAUGAGUAAAGUUAUGUACGAAGAAACCUUUAUAAUCUGUGAGUGUCUCAACGUGUGAAUAUGAUUCAAUCAACAAAACUGCACAGAUAUUACGAAAGAAGCUUUUUUUUUUAAGUGAGCUUAUGCAGUGAUACAUUUGCACAUAAUUAAUUUUGAGCCUUUGUGCCUUACCACUAAUGUCAGGUUCUGUGUACUUGCAAACCUUUUUGUUUGGGAAAAGAAAAUGUACCGUUUAUCUUUUUUUUUUUUUGCACAUAUUGUGCUUUUAGUAGCAGCUUUAUCUAAUAGUUUCUCACAUUGUCACAUAAUAUCUGCAUUGCUAUGUCUAACUUCCCAAAUGGUUCACUUCUACAAAAUCAUGGAGAGUUAACAAAAAUGUGAUGAACCUUUUUGAUUUGUUUGUAAAGUUUACACUGUCACUUUCUGUAAUGUAUGAUGUUUUGGUGAUUUGUUUUCUAAAAAUGUAUUAGCUGCCUUUUACCACCAUGACUGCCUGUAAAUAAACGUGAAGUAAUUCAUUAUCACAA